CCUUUUCUCCGAGGAUCCUUGUCGGUGGCCCAGACUUGCCAGGAUGCUGCGGGGGGGCCUGCUUGCCGUAGUGGUGCUCAGCGUCAGCCUGGACCUGAGGACCGAGGCUGCCGGUUUGACCGAAAUCCACCAGGCAGGAUACUGCGCCUUCUAUGGCGACUGUGGCCCGAAUCCUGAAAUUGGAACUGGACUCAUCCCGCACAGAGUGCCAUGCCUUUCCAACACCCCGGCCCGGCUGCUCAAGGGCUCCCACCUCGACGGCUUGAAGAAGGUCUGCCCGAUGCUCUUCAAGGGAGACAGCAGCACCUACGGCUGCUGCUCGCUAGAGCAGCUAAACUCCAUGCAGAAUAGCUUCGCGCUGACCAAGGCUGUGCUGUCUCGCUGCCCAGCCUGCACGGAGAACUUCUCCAACAUCCACUGCCAGAACAUCUGCAGCCCAGAUCAGAGCCUCUUCAUCAAUGUCACCCGCUACUUCAACCACACCAUCCUCAACGUUCCCGUGAGGGGCGUGCUGGAGUUCCAGGCUUACUACAACCAGCAGUUUGCCGAGGAAGUCUUCCAGUCGUGCAAGGGGGUCAGGUUGCCAGCCACCGGCGAUUAUGUCUUGAGUGUGAUGUGCGGCAAGUACGGGGCGGCUGCGUGCAACACCCAACGGUGGCUAGAUUUCCAAGGCAACCCCGGCAAUGGGCUGGCCCCCUUGGCCAUCUCCAACCUCCUGAAAGCAGGGGACUGGAUCGCUGAGGAGGAAAACAUUUUGCCACUCAAUAAAACAGUCUGGAAAUGCAGCGAGGCUGUCAACAAUAGCCCAAAGUGCUCCUGCCCCGACUGUGAACAGUCGUGUCCGGCCAUCCAGCUUCCUCCUUCCAAAAAUCAGCCCUUCCAAGUGGGCAGCAUGGACGGGAUCCUGUUUGUCUCCAUCGUUCUCUUUGCGGUUGUUGCACUGUUGUUUAUGUCCUUGCUGCUGUGGCAAAGAUGCUCCUCGUCCAAGAAGCAAAAGGCUCCCAGCAGAGAAGAGGCCGUGACGAAGUUGUCCGCCUCUGAGAAGGCGAGUCAGGCCAUGUAUGACUUCCUGGUGAAGGCCUUCAGCUGGUGGGGAAGGUGGGUGGCCUCCAACCCCGUCAAAGUCAUCAUCAUAUCUCUAGCCAUCGUGGCAGGACUUUCCAGUGGAAUUAUCUGGAUGGAACUGACCACAGACCCUCUGGAGCUCUGGGCCUCCCCAGACAGCCAGGCCCGGCAGGAGAAAGCCCUCUACGAGAAGCACUUUGGGCCCUUCCUCCGGACCAACCAAAUCAUCCUGACGGCCAAGAACUCCUCAAGCCACGUUUACGAUUCCCUCUUUUGGGGAGAGAAGAACUUCAGUGGAGUCCUCUCCAAAGAGGUCCUUUUGGACCUGCUGGACUUGCAGACCAAGCUGCAGAAGCUGGAGAUCUGGUCUGAUAAGCAUCAAAGGAACGUUGCCUUGCAGGACGUUUGCUAUGCCCCCCUGAACCCCAAGAACGCCAGUCUCUCGGACUGCUGUGUCAACAGCCUCCUGCAGUUCUUCCAGAACAAUCGCACGCACCUGAAUGCGACAGCCGAGCAGACGGUGGGGAAGGAGAACGGCACCGUCGAUUGGAGAGACCACUUCCUCUACUGCAUCCACUCUCCAUCCUCUUUCCAAGAUAUCACGGAGCUCAAGCUGAGCUGUAUGGCAGACUACGGAGCCCCCGUGUUUCCCUUCCUGGCUGUAGGAGGUUACCCAGGGCUGGAGUACUCCGAAGCAGAAGCACUCAUCCUCACCUUCUCCUUGAACAACUUUCUCUCCGGCGACCCCCAUUCUGACUAUGUGCUUUUGUGGGAGAAGCAUUUCCUGGAGGUGGUACAGGAAUUUCAGAAAAACCACUCUGAGAAAUACACCAUUGCCUACAUGGCAGAGCGCUCCCUGGAGGACGAGGUCAACAGAACCACCUGGGAGGACCUCCCCAUCUUUGCUAUCAGCUACCUGGUGAUCUUCAUAUACAUCACGGUGGCCCUAGGGGAUUACUCCAGCUGCAGGAACAUACUGGUGGAAGCCAAGCUGUCUCUUGCUCUGGGCGGCAUUGUGGUGGUCCUGGGGGCCGUGCUGUCAUCUUUGGGCUUCUACAGCUUCGUGGGGCUGCCCUCGUCCCUCAUCAUCAUUGAAGUGGUGCCCUUCCUGGUGUUGGCGGUUGGUGCUGAUAACAUCUUCAUCUUUGUAUUGGGACACCAGCAAUCCCAGCCGGCACCUGGGGAAACCCCGGAGCAGCACCUGGGGCGCACUUUGGGCAACGUUGCCCCCAGCAUGCUCCUGUGCAGCCUCUCCGAAGUCGUCUGCUUUUUCCUGGGGGCCCUGACCCCCAUGCCUGCCGUCCAGACCUUUGCCCUCUCGGCAGCCCUGGCCGUCUUCUUCGCCUUCCUGCUCCAGAUGUCACUCUUUGUGGCGUUGAUGUCCCUCGAUAUCCGCAGACAGAAGGCCUCUCGGGUGGAUCUCUGCUGCUGCCUCCGAGUGCCUGAAUGCGAGCCUGUGAAGCGGCGCGAUGGACUUCUCCGCACAUUCAUGCGCAAGAUCUACACGCCACUCUUGCUGGGCAGCAGCGUUGUCCGAGUUCUGGUGGUGCUGCUCUUCACCCUGCUUUUCUGCGCUGGCAUCUACCUGACCUUCCACAUCGAAGUGGGGUUGGAGCAAGAACUGGCAGUACCCCAGGACUCCUACAUGUUGAAGUUCUUCCAAUUUUUCAACCAAUAUUUUACGGUGGGCCCCCCAACUUUCUUUGUUGCCACCGGUGGCUACAACUACUCCUCAGUGCCUGGAAUAAACGGGAUCUGUUCCAGUUCUGGGUGUAAUGAUAACUCCAUGAUGCAGAAGAUCCAAAUGGCCACCAAGUUCCCCGAGAAGUACUUCCUGGCCAUUCCUUCUACCUCCUGGAUAGACGACUUCAUUGACUGGUUGAAUCCCAUAUCCAGAUGUUGCCGCAUUCACAGUUUUGGCCCUAACAAGGGCAAGUUCUGUCCUUCAACCAGCAACUCCCUGACCUGCACUUUCAGCAAAUGCAUGGGCAGCUUCCAAGGUAUCCUCCGGCCGAACAGAGAAGAGUUCAACAAAUUUCUCCCCUGGUUCCUCCAGGACAUGCCCAACCUCAAGUGCCCCAAGGGGGGCCUCGGGGCUUAUGACACAUCGGUGCACCUGGGGUCUGAUGGGCAGGUCUUGGCAUCCCGGUUCAUGGCCUACCACACCCCGCUGAGGAACUCCCAGGAACACACGGCAGCGCUGAAGGUGAUGCGGCAACUGGCGGCUGACAUUACGGCUACUAUGAGGGAAAUCCCCGGUACUGAUCCGAACUUCAAGGUUUUCCCAUACACAAUCACCUACGUGUUUUAUGAGCAGUACCUGAUGAUUACCACCGUGGGCCUCAUCAACCUGGCCCUGUGCCUGGUGCCCACCUUCGCCGUCUGCUACAUCCUGCUGGGCCUGGACCUGCGCUCAGCCUUCAUCAACCUGCUGACCAUCAUCAUGAUUAUUGUGGACACUGUGGGUGCCAUGAACCUUUGGGGAAUCUCCUACAAUGCCGUCUCCCUCAUCAACUUGGUCACAGCCGUGGGCAUCUCUGUGGAAUUUGUCUCCCACAUCACCUUCUCCUUCGCUAUCAGCAAAAAACCUACCAAACUAGAACGUUCCCGAGAAGCCACCAUCAACAUGGGAAGCGCGGUGUUUGCUGGGGUGGCGAUGACCAACUUGCCGGGCAUCGUGGUCCUGGCGUUUGCCAAGGCUCAAAUCAUCCAGCUCUUCUUUUUCCGCCUAAACCUCAUCAUCACACUCUUAGGAAUGCUGCACGGCCUGGUCUUCCUGCCUGUCAUCCUCAGCUACUUUGGGCCUUCCAUCCGUAAAGCAGUGCCAGAGCUGCAGAUAAGAACGGAGAACCCCUCCAUCCCUUUGGAAGGCAAAGAAGCUCCUAGCAUUGAUCAGACGUCUCCGAAUACUCACAGCCAGGAUCCAGCUCCAAGCCCCAGUUUAGAUGAAACUGGCCUCUAGAAGUCUCCACAUCUGUCUGCAGGACAGAUCUUCCUGCUUUCCAUUGCAACACGCAAGGAACUGGUUUCCCAUAUCACUAAGCUAAGCCACUAGAUAGCUUAUUGGUGGCUUAGGAUGCUGUGUUAGCCUAGCCAAUUGUGUGACUUCCAUCAACAAAUCCUGGUUAAAGCAAGUUAGUGAGAUUUGAUGCAGCUGGCAGUGAGUACACACAUCGUUCUAAGCCAUGAUUUAACAAUAGACUACUUAAUAAAGCUAUAGCUCCUUGGGUUCACAUGACAUGCUAAGCCACAUCUCUGUGUGUGUCCAGCUGGCUUCAUGCCCAAAUCCAGAGGUGGGUUCUAGCCGGCGUUACUGCCAUUCGCUUGUGGGUGCACUUUGUGUAUGCGCUGCACGUGCAAGCACAACUCGACAAAAAAAAUUCUGCGCAUGCACAGAACUCAAAAACAAGAUAGCGGCGGCAACUGUGUCAACCAGUUCAGGGGCGUGGCCAGCCUGGGUUACUGCCGGUUCUGUGACCCAAACUGGCAUGCCACUAUCAGUUCAGCUGAAUUGGGCCGAACCAGAAGGAACCCACUACUGCCCAAAUCUUACUCCCUCCAUUGCAAGGCAGACCAAAUUAGGAAAGCAGGGCCUGUUAGUCAGUACUACUAUUAUUAUAAAGCAGAAUCUUCCUUUUGUAGCAGAAUCUUUCAAGACUGAAUAGGCCUCCCCUCCCUCCCUUUAGGGGAGGCGGGAGGAUAUGAAGUAGAGAAAGAUCUGCCUGAAAUAUUUUCUCACUCUUGCCCCAACUCAGGUCUCUCUCUGUGUUAUCUGACCAUUACCUUGAUAGGUUUUCCUCCUGUCACUACAAAGCAGGACUAGAACUUCCAGUCUCCUGGCUCUAGGCUGGUGCCUUGACCGCUACACCAAACUAGCUCGCAUGCCACUUUUUGCUUAAU